AUGCCGAGCCUACCCGUUCAUGGCAUUCCCGUCUUCGUCCGCGUCCACCGGCAUAAGCACGUUCGUUAUGAGACACGCGGAUUCACCGGCUCUACAGCGAAACCGCGGAGCAGAGCUGAUCUUGUAAGGGGACGACCUUUUAACGAGGCCAUGUUGCGAUACGGAACUGCACUGGAGAAGAGACAAUGCAAGUGCUGGGAUUAA